UUUUGUUUUUCGGACAGCCGCGUGGUGGCGAUGACAACUAACGUGACAGAAAACUAGACUGUUUGGAAAAAUACUGAGACAAAGAGGCGGAGCAGUGUUUUUCUCUUCACUGCGGCCAGUCAGUGUCUGAUGGGGCAGAUUCAGCAGCAGCGGACGUGAUACCGGACUUGGUUUAAUCGGAAUCACUGCUGGGUUUUGAUUCAGAGAGAUCAUCUCAGUCAUGGAUAUUUCAGAACCCACAAAUUCGAACAACUAAACCUACAGUUUUUUAUUCUGCUACGAAUUAUCUGUUUUCAUUUCCUCAUAUUUUGUUUCAGUUGCCAGCGCCAUUGUAGGCUCCACCAUGGUGCAGAAGUAUCAGUCCCCAGUGAGGGUGUACAAACAUCCUUUUGAACUGGUCAUGGCAGCAUAUGAGAGGAGGUUUCCCACCUGUCAUCUGAUUCCCAUGUUUGUGGACAGUGAUGUGAUCAGUGAGGAGACCAGUGAAGAUCAGUCUUUUCAUAAGAUAGAGAGGAGGUGUAAACUUGAUGUGGAUGCACCGCGACUCCUCAAACGGAUUGCAGGCGUGGAUUAUGUCUACUUCAUUCAGAAGAACUCUCUGAACCACAGAGAAAGAACUCUUCAUAUUGAAUCUCACAAUGAAACCUUCUCCAACAGAGUCAUCAUUCAUGAAAUCUGCUGUUACUCGGUUCACCCAGAAAAUGAAGAAUGGACAUGUUUUGAACAAUCUGCCAGUCUGGACAUCAAAUCUUUCUUUGGUUUUGAGAGCACAGUGGAGAAGAUCGCCAUGAAGCAGUAUGCCAGCAGCAUCAAAAAGGGUAAGGAGAUUAUUGAAUACUACUUAAGGGAGCUAGAAGAAGAAGGUAUAACUUAUCUACCUCGGUGGAGCCCUUGCCCACCAUCACCCACAAAGGCAGUGGUGCCAGUUGUUAUUCCUGCAUUGCCCAUCACUCCCACAAUCUCCAUUGAAGCCCCUCCUGAGUGCUUGAAUGAGAUUCAAGUGUGUAAAGAGGGCAGCAGUUCUCCUGGCAGCCUGAACGACGCCCUUGUAGCCAGUCCAGAUGAUAAGCUGGAUGCUGACUACAUCAAACGGUAUCUGGGUGAUCUCACACCGCUUCAGGAGAGCUGUCUGAUUCGCCUGCGCCGCUGGUUACAAGAGACACACAAGGGCAAGAUCCCAAAAGAUGAGCACAUUCUACGGUUCCUGCGUGCACGGGACUUCAACAUAGAUAAGGCACGGGAGAUCCUUUGUCAGAGUCUGACCUGGAGGAAGCAACAUCAGGUAGACUACCUCCUGGACACCUGGAGCUCUCCUCAGGUGUUGCACGAUUACUAUACCGGAGGCUGGCACCACCACGACAAGGAUGGCCGUCCUCUGUAUAUCCUACGCCUAGGACAUAUGGACACUAAAGGACUGGUUCGAGCACUUGGAGAAGAAUCCCUGCUCAGACAUGUGCUGUCAAUCAACGAAGAGGGUCUGAGACGCUGUGAGGAGAACACCAAAGUCUUUGGUCGACCAAUUAGUUGUUGGACAUGUCUUGUCGAUCUUGAGGGGCUCAAUAUGAGGCAUCUGUGGCGUCCUGGAGUCAAAGCUCUGCUGAGGAUUAUUGAGGUGGUGGAGGCCAAUUACCCAGAAACCCUGGGCCGUCUACUCAUCCUCAGAGCUCCCAGAGUCUUUCCUGUCCUGUGGACGCUGGUGAGCCCAUUCAUUGAUGAGAAUACACGAAAGAAGUUUCUGAUCUAUGCAGGAAAUGACUACCAGGGCCCUGGCGGUCUUGUGGACUACAUUGAUAAAGAGAUCAUCCCUGACUUCCUUGGAGGAGAGUGUAUGUGUGAAGUGCCAGAGGGUGGCUUGGUUCCCAAGUCUCUGUACAGAACUGCAGAAGAACUGGAGAAUGAUGAGAUCAGGCUGUGGACGGAGACUAUUUACCAGAGUGCCAGCAUCUUCAAAGGAGCACCACAUGAGCUACUUAUUGAGAUCAUCGAUGCCUCCUCAGUCAUCACUUGGGACUUUGAUGUAUGUAAAGGUGAUGUGAUCUUCAAUAUCUACCACUCUAAACGAGCUCCACAGCCGCCAAGGAAAGAUCCACUGGCUACCCAUGGCAUCACCUCUCCUGCUGGCAACAACGUGCAGCUUAUAGAUAAAUCCUGGCUGCUGGGACAGGACUACAGCAUGGUGGAGUCACCCCUCACCUGCAAAGAGGGAGAAAGCGUGCAGGGAUCACAUGUGACACGCUGGCCAGGUUUCUAUAUUUUGCAAUGGAAGUUCCACUCUAUGCCAGCAUGCGCCACCACAAACCUACCUCGGGUAGACGAUGUUCUGGCUACUCUGCAGGUGUCCUCUCACAAGUGCAAAGUCAUGUACUACACUGAGGUUCUUGGCUCAGAGGACUUUAGGGGCUCAAUGACCAGUUUGGAAUCCAGUCACAGUGGUUUUUCUCAGCUCAGCGCUGCCACCACAUCCUCCAGCCAGUCACAGUCCAGCUCUAUGAUCUCCAGGUAGAAUGGAAAGAAAUUUAAGCUCUAAAAUGUUUUAUUAGUUCAGUUUCUUGAUUCUCAAUAAACCUCAUUACUAUUCUUACUCUGUUAUCAAUCCCAACCCUGUAUCACUCAAUGUCAAAAACCUGAAGCAUGCUCGCACAACUAAAGAAAAAAAAAAAAAA